CUUCCUGCGGAUCUCAUUGCUCGACUUGUCCUCAUCAUGUUGAGGCUAUUGACUCAAACCGCGACGGCCUUCAAGCCGCUAUCCCGCUCCCUACACGCCUCUGCACCCUCGUCCUUCCUCGUGCGUUCGCUGGACGACGUUCGCCAGAAGGACCGCGUCAUCACCAGCGAUGACGGUGCGCUUGAAACGCGUCGCUAUUUAGUCCGCAACGACGAGUGCGGGUUCUCCGUGCAGCAGGAAGUGCUCAAGAAGGGCGCGCCCGUGCGCCUUGAGUUCCAGAACCACGUGUACGCGCUGCUGGUGACCCGCGGCAAUGGCCGCGUCCGGCUACUGGACGUGGGUGAGGGCCCCGGUCAGUUCCAGGAUGUUGCCGAGGGCUCCUUGGUGGCGCUUAAUGCGGCCGAGGCCAUCGAGAUCGAGGCCAAAUCCGACGAGUUACACGCCGUGAGCGUCAUGAACCCGCCCGUCUUCGGCGUCGAGAAGAGAAACGACACGACCGGCGUGUUCCCAGCCGUGGACCCGGAUGGAGAGGCACUCGAGAGCUUCGAUUUAUCCAAGGUGGACCAGCUGUUCUCCGCCCCCGAAUCGCUCAAGGGUGGCAGUGCCCCCAUGAAGGACGACCCGCUAUUCUGAGUGGGAGGUCCAGAGAUGCAAGAUACAACAAGAUAAAAUGAACAUGUGUCGACUUAAUGCUACCAGAUGCAAGUGCCAGGGUGGUAAGAAUGCUAAUUGUUGGACUGUAUAGGUUUACUAGCGAUGAGGCAUUGUCGACAUUUGGCUGUUUGCUGGACUGCAGAUUCGAGGCUGGCGAGAGUUUGCUGGCUUUGACGCCUUGGCGGAGGAGUGUUGCGAUGGGCUUUAACCCGCGACUUAUGGCUAACUGGAGAGCAGUUUGGCCUCUGAACUGAAGCAGUAAAGUGACGAGGGGGUUUAAGUGCAGGAUUACAAUACUUGAAUGUAUAUUAUGCGUUGCUGAGUAGUGGAUUGGCACCUGCGAGCAGCAGGUCCUGUACGAUAUCUCGGCGGUUGAUCUUGACAGCAAGACGCAGCGGCGUCGUCUCGUUGAUCUACUUGUCAGAUAUGGGUCACUGUAGUGGUCAAGUACAGUUGCAAUGCUGGUCCUACCGCCCCGCGCAGUAACGUCGGCACCGGUGAAGAGCGAAUGCUUCAGUAUUUAAUCUGGCGUGUCGGUGCAGCAUAGCCACUUGCACACUGUUGCCAGAACGACCACAACGUGAGAUCAUUUUGUUCAGCUGCAAUAUAUACAGCAAUACUCUGUAUAUACUCCAUGUGGAACACUGACCUCAGCAGGGAAAACAAUUUUUGUUUUAGUUUUGAGUCGCCUGUUGCACUCUGUCAGCUAGUCAC